UCACACACUCAUUCACACGGGUCGCUUUUCGAGGAAGCUGGCUGUUAGUUUUCACGAAACUCCCAAAUUGCUCUCCGUGUUUUCCAAAUUCCCCAUAUAUUCUCUAAACCCUAACCCUAAUUUUCUCUCAAAAUCUUCGCUCGCUCUGCUUCUUGAUUUCGAUUUUCGUCGAAUCCCUACUCUCUAACUCGAUGGCAACUAAACCUCUUACAACUGAGGCAAUUGCCCUUACAGAGAAAAAAAUGGACAUGGCCUUAGAAGAUAUCAUCAAAAUGUCUAAAAACCCCAAGUCUAGGGGGAGGAAGCAGCGAAGGGUUCCGAACAAAAUUCAGAAGUUUCCCAAUAAUAUUGCUCAAGAUAAAUCUACAACGGUUCGACGUUAUAUGGAUACAAGAUCGUCAUUUAGACAGGGGGCCUUAGCUCAAAGGAGGUCAAAUUUUCAGGGGAACCAAUUUCCUCUGGCAACUGAGGCAGCAUGGAAGGCUGCAGCUGCUCCGCUUCGCAAUAGAGCUUUUGGUCGUAACAGGGCUGCUAAUUGGAACAAGACAAGGGGUCCACUUAUCCAGAGGCGUGCUGCAAAUGGAGGCUUUGUGGCAAAGUCGAUGCCACCGCAGCAGCAGGCGCAGCCAGUGACCAAGCAGAGGUCUCAGACACUAGACGCGCUGUUUGCAAACAUGAAGGAGCAGAGGAUGAGGAACUUGCCACGCCAGAACAAUGCUGUACAACGUAACAAUGCUGUACAACGUAAUGGUGGUGGCCAGCAAAGACCACCAUGGGCAAGAGGCCGACUAGGCAAAUAAUUCAAACCAGUGAGCCAGCUAAAUUGGGUAUCUUCUGCAAAAGGUUCUGGUGAUUCAUAUCUACUUGGUCUUCCUGCAUAUCCAGUUGAUGCAAGUUGGAGUAGCUGAGAGUGCCCAAAUGCAAGAUCAAUGGCCUCUUUUUCAAGUUUAGUUACCGUUUUUUUCUUCUCAAUCUUGACAAUUUGACAAUUUGUAAUUCAUUUUGGUUCCUUUGCACUUGCUGUGUAUAGCAUUUUAUCAUGGAUUGAUGAUAUGGUAAUCCCUGCUUUUGCACAUU